AUGUCCGUUGUCUCGACAAAGCGACCUCGACCCAAACACCGCCACAAGAACCUCGAUUUCGAGACUCAAACAGACAAGUCUCACCCCCACCCAUCAUCAGUGCAUCCCCGAAGCUCCAAAACAUUCAGCUUCGGCGUCCUUCCUCCUCCGAAUAGACGAAGCGCUCCCAAAAAGGCACCACGACCAGCCACGGACUACAGCCUGGCAGUCGAUGGCCAAGGAGACUCCUCUGAAGGUUCGAGCGCAGACCAAGAACAGAGUGAUUUCCCCGGCAGGGCGCCCAGUAAUAGUACAGCUGGUACAUAUACGGUCAGCGGCUCUAGUGGAUAUCCUGCCGUGAAUGAAGGAAUGAGGGAUGGAAUGGGCACGAACUAUAGCCUUGGUACCGGCAGACAGGGAGCAUACGCGCAAGCACUAGGGGGAAAUUCGAUUCAAUACGACCAAAGGGAAUCCUCGAGCUAUGCAGCUGCAUUCAAUGACUUGGGUGCAGCGUAUUCCCCGCCCAUAUCACAAGGUAUGAACAUAGCCAUGGCUCCUGGUGCUACUCGUGGUACGCAAGUGCCCCAAGUCACAACUAGCUUCAUACCCAGUCCAGUUGACGCUAGUAGUCCACACGACAGCGCAGCCAUGUCUUCAAACCGUGAAGUGAGAUCUAGCAGCGAUCUUCUGCCUGCGGAGAAAGCACGCAUCGACUCCAGCUGCGUGUCUCUGGUAACUCCUGCUGCAGCGACAAAGAGUAAUUCCAGAGUUGCGAGAAUGAAAUUCGUCCCCUCAAUCAUUGAACUUCGACAAAACUAUCGACCGCCUCUCCGCUGCAAGACGUAUCACGGACAAGAAGGCCGAACAAACCAAGUCGUUGAGAGAGAGAGAGAUCUCGGUGGAGAGAUCAUGAACACCAUGGGCAGACUGCGAGCCAUGAAUGAAGAGUUUCAAAAAGACCAGAUUGAAGCAGAGAAGUCAGCUCAUUUCAUACGGGCGAAGGCGACUCGAUGUGAAGGAAGAGUCCCACCCAGCCAGGUCGAUGCCGGCUAUGCAGCGCAGGAUGAGGAUUCGGGGAGUGAGUACGACCCUGAAUCUUAG